GGCGGGGACGGGCAGGACCCGCACGCCAAGCACCUGUACACGGCCGACAUGUUCACGCACGGGAUCCAGAGCGCCGCGCACUUCGUCAUGUUCUUCGCGCCCUGGUGUGGACACUGCCAGCGGCUGCAGCCGACUUGGAAUGACCUGGGAGACAAGUACAACAGCAUGGAGGAUGCCAAGGUCUACGUGGCUAAAGUGGACUGCACAGCCGACUCCGAUGUGUGCUCUGCCCAGGGGGUGCGAGGAUACCCCACCUUAAAGUUUUUCAAGCCUGGCCAAGAAGCUGUGAAGUACCAGGGCCCUCGGGACUUCCAGACACUGGAGAACUGGAUGUUGCAGACGCUGAACGAGCAGCCCGCUACACCAGAGCCGGAAGUAGAACCGCCCAGAGCCCCCGAGCUCAAGCAGGGGCUGUACGAGCUCUCAGCGGGCAACUUCGAGCUGCACGUUGCGCAGGGCGACCACUUUAUCAAGUUCUUCGCGCCGUGGUGUGGUCACUGCAAAGCUCUGGCUCCAACCUGGGAGCAGCUGGCUCUGGGCCUCGAACAUUCCAAAACUGUCAAGAUUGGCAAGGUUGAUUGUACACAGCACUAUGAGCUCUGCUCGGGAAACCAGGUUCGAGGCUAUCCCACUCUUCUCUGGUUCCGAGAUGGUAAGAAGGUGGACCAGUACAAGGGGAAGCGGGAUCUGGAGUCCCUGAGAGAGUACGUGGAGUCGCAGCUGCAGAGCGCAGAGACAGGAGCCCCAGAGACGGAACCCUCGGAGACCGCUGAGCCUUCAGGAGCCCCAGAGCUGGCCACCGAGCCCGUGGCCGACAAGGGCGCUGUGUUGGCACUCUCCGAAAGUAACUUCGAUGACACCGUGGCAGAAGGAAUCACCUUCAUCAAGUUCUACGCUCCGUGGUGUGGCCACUGUAAGAACCUGGCUCCUACAUGGGAGGAACUUUCUAAAAAGGAGUUCCCUGGCUUGGCGGGGGUCAAGAUCGCCGAAGUGGACUGCACAGCUGAGCGGAACAUCUGCAGCAAGUACUCGGUACGAGGCUAUCCCACGUUGCUGCUUUUCCGCGGAGGGAAGAAAGUCAGUGAGCACAGCGGAGGCAGAGACCUGGAGUCCCUCCACCACUUCGUCCUGCGCCAGGCGAAAGAUGAACUAUAGACACCCAGCAGGAAGUGGUCUCCACCGGGCCACCUCCACCCAGCCUACAGGACUGAAAUCGUGAGGGCGUGGCUGCACCUCGAAGGGUUAUUCAGAGAGCUGAAUGUGCUGAACUCGUGGUAGCUUCCUCGCGUGCGCUCGUGUGUGUGUGUGUGUGUGUGUGUGUGUGUGUGUGUGUGUGUGCAGCCCACACACCCUACGGAUUCCUUAUUAAGUCUCUCUAAGUAAACGUGUAGGCUCAUGGUCACUGUGCAAACUCAGUAUUUUCAGUGCCGAUACGUCCCCUUUAACCUUCUCUUGAUGAAAUCUAAAUGGUUUCCUUUGAGACUAAAAUAGCAUCAAGGAAAAUCAAAUUGCGGGACUAUUUUUGGCUCCCGAGUGAUUUUGGGGAAGCCUCAUCCAAAGUCUAGUUGUUUAACUGCCCACACGUUCUGGAAAGGAGACCUUGGCGGGACCGACGCUCCUCUGCUCUGAAGGUCACGACCGGCUGCUCCUUAACGGUGUCGGUCCGUAGUUUGCAGCAGACUGGAAAACGAAACCCCACGCUCUCGAAGACACCUUCACAGCCACUCCUGGACGUGGUUUCUGUUACUCCUUUUCUCAUCGUCCGAAGCCGGCCGUAAGGAGAGCAGCGGUACCUCUCACGUGCCUGCGUUAGCACAUGCUGUCGCCACAGUCGUACGUGUGCGUGGACCCUUGUCAAAUCGGUGACCGUUCAAGGCAGCCUCCGUUGGUCUCUCAGGGGUGCACGAUGACUUUGGUUCAUUAUGUUCACCCGCAGCCAGGGUCCAUGCGAACAGCUGGGGUUGAAUGUCUUCUGUAGAAAGCGUGGGCGCAAAUGUUCCACCAGGCUCAUUCGGACUGUGGGUCGAUUUGUAGAAAGAUUCUGUUUUCCACCUGCAACUGCAGGACGCAGAGGGCGUUCCUAGGCCUGGGUUUCCAAGAGAGACCUGCAGCCCCUCUGCGCGAUAGGGCCCAAACCGGGCAGUUUUGGUCCUGCUCCUAAGCAGUCCUUUCAGAGGCUGCUGCACUGCGUCCCCUACCUUGCAGGAGGUUGCCCUGCUGACGUGUGAAAAGUGGGAUUCGUUUGACCUCGAGACCAAAGACCGAAGGCAGGGCUGUUCUGCCCAGCGUGCACGGCUCUUGAUGCCAGCAUCCUUCAACGCCCACCGCCCUCAUUAUUACGCAUUGGGACAGUCACCCUGGAAGUGAGCAGCUGGGGCCCAACUGCAGGUGUGUAUCUGUCCCUCAUCACCCAGUUACUCCUCCUAGUGACCACUCUGUGUCCAGCACCCUCCACCUGCCCCAUGCACAGGGUGACAUGGACACUGGGCCCAGAGGAAUCUCAGAAUCAAAACCCCUCGUACAGUCUGAGGAGCAGGUAACAGAGCAGCGUCUCAGCCUCUGCCUUAAAGGAAAUCUUUAUUCAAUCAAGUGUGGUUCACAGACGUUCUUUUAAAAAAAAAAAAA